AUGCUAAGUUUGCUGGGAAAAUGGAUUUACACACAAGACGAAAACGCCGAAAAUUCUCCACAAAAAUGCUUCUUUGCCGAGGCAGAGGAAGGAGAGUGGUUGCUUGUCGACGUCGAACUGACUGAAGAGGAAGUGCUGAUUUUGAAAGACUACGUCGUUAUAAAUGAGCAAAAUGUGGCUUCAGUUAUCACGCAAAAGAAAAAUUGUGGCAUGCGGCCGCCGGGUGGCCCGGUCAAUCAAGGAAACGUCGAGAAAUCUCAGAAAUACUUUCAUGGAAAAAUGAUGUCUCGCCUAGUUCCAAGAAAGAUGAUGGAACCUUACAAGAUUAUGCGACCUUUAAAAUGGAGCAAGCCCUUGGAUGAAAAGUGCAGCGCUUAUAAAUUUAAAAAGAUUAAUUCCUGGUUAGAAAUUUUGUCUUCCAACGUGCCGCGAACCUUGGGAACAGUGGAAAGUAUUCGUGCUGUACGUGUGAAUGCAAAAAGGUAACAAUAAUGAAAAAUAUGGCAGUUCACGGCUAUCGAUGCAUUUGCCCAAAACGAAACCGGUUAUAACUCUCAGUAAGAUUAGUGAAUUAAACAAAAAAAGCUUCAGAUAAAGCUUGUUGGAACUGUACGAUUCACUGGUCUAUAGUUAAAAAGGCACGUGCAAUACAAUGCGCGCAGCUGAGUAUUCAUCAUAUGAUUUGACAUUUGAGCGUUCAGCUGGUUUUAAAUUGUCCAAAAAAUGUCCGUAAGAGAACGUGAAACAUUUAAUUAUUCGGCUAAACAGCCUCGUGUGUGAUAUCUCUCGAGAUUCACAACCCACUUGAAAAUUUGGUGCUUAAUCCAAAGGCAAUAUCUUUUGGAUGAAAACCUAUAACCCAUCUGCUGGUGUGUUAAAACUUUUGGGAGGGUGGGUCAGAUUUUCUUCUGUCCCGCCACGCUCGUGAAACGAUGUGAAAACAUCUUUUCUUUUGAGUAGGAGGCAGUUUCCAAGACUUCUUGCAAAAGUAGUCAAAGAAGUUACCUAUAUAACGAGCGUUACUUGUAAAAAUUUGAAAGGAGUAUCAUUUCUCUGCAGCCUUAAGUCACCAGACACGCUUGGAAUGCAGAUGGAAAACCCUGAGCCGGUGCUUGAACCAGUCAAACUACAACCCAAACAAGCGCUCAUCGAGAACCUGAGCACAGCUAUCGUAAAAUUCGAACCAUCGCCCAUCAAUAAAUUGCUGUGGGACCUACAGGACAUCAAACGCGAACGGAGCUUUGACUUUCUGGCAAAAGUAAGAAGCGACUCGUGCGAGGUACCACUGCGCAUGACUGUAACCCAGGGUAAUGCGUGCGACAGACUAUCGAUCAGAAAGAGACGUAAGUUUAACCCAGUCAUAAGCACCUCUGAUUUGCUCGCGGUUAGUCAAGUUGAUUCUGAGCAUGCGCACACUCCCAAGCCUCUGCUUGCAAUAGAGUGGCAGCCAGAACGAUCAAACCACGAGUCAGUCAUGCAAGAAUCAGUCGAGAAUCACCACGAGUCAGUCAUACAAGAAAGUGAUCGUUCCGAAGACGAUGAAGGCGACGACAAGUGGUUUAUGAGGCCAGCGUUACCUAUGUUCAGCGAUCUCUGUGAAAAGACCUCUCAGCUCUCCGCAAAAUUAGGGCACCAAAUCCCCAGGGCCGCAAUGUUCCUAUGGGCGCAGAUCCUGCAGCUGCUGUCCUGCAGCAAAAGGCUCCUCUCUCUGAAAAGUGCCGUGGAACAGGUUCGUCCCAACGCCAUCAUUCGUGAGCCUCCUCAGAGCCGCUUCUUGAGGAGUGUCUCUCGCAAGGAUUACUGUGAAGAGAGGGUACGCGCUUCAGUGGAAAAAAGGACCAAGCGACACGACACUAAGAAAAACUUGAAGCGCACUCACAGGGCUUUGACACAGAAGUACCUCAAUGACAACAACCGAAAAAGGGCCAUGGACUCUAAAAGGUUCCAAGGGGCUUGUGGGAGAAGGGGGUGUUAA